AUGUCCUCCUCACCACCACCACCAACAACAACAACAUCAUCAUCAUCAUCACCAGACUCCCCCCUCCCCCCCAGCAAUAAACCCGCCUACAACCUCCGCAAUCCGCUACCCUUAUCCGCGUCCCAAGAGCAAGAGGUCAAGAGACUAUACUACAAGCGUGUACGCGCGCACUGCGCCCCGGAGAUCAAAGUCCCAGCCCGACGGGACAACAAGCUAACAGACGACGACGAACGCGCAGCAUUCGCCGAAUGUGCUGUCAACCGCACCGUCACGGCGACGUGGGUAUGUCGGGUGCAGCGGCUGGCCAUGAACUCGUGUAUGCUGGAGCAUGCGAAGCCCGAGGAGGAGGACCGGGCGCGGGAGGAGUGGUUUGCCACGGUUGAGGAGCGGCGGCGGGCCAAGGAGGAGGAUCUGGUCAAGGUGGAGAAGCGGCGGGAGGAGGUCAUUCGGAUGAUGAGGGAGGAUGAGGCGCGGAGGGGGAAGAUGAUGCGGUGA